AGUCCAGCCCUCGUUCCCAAAUGAACACCUAACAUUCGGAUGGGUGUUUUUUUUUCUAUCUCUUUUUGUACGUUUGUAAUGUGUGUGUGCCAGUAGGAGGAUCUGGCGCACCGGGAGGCCGUUCCAGAUUCCUCGCGAGCAAUUGGCUGCUCGUGAACUUUGCGACGCUUUGUUUGUCCGCGCGCCCCGGUCACGCACGCCACGCACUCGGCAUGUCUCGAGCACAUCGGAAACAUCACCGUUCCGCUCUUGACCUCGCGGAAGAUUAGCGAGAUCAUCCACGCACGCAGCAACGCGCGUCGCUUGCAACCAGACCGAGAGAAGAGAAGCCAACGGGGACCGGAGAGAUGGCGGAGAAACGCAUGUCGCGCUGGUAUUUCGGUGGGAUCGCGUCGUGUGGAGCCGCUUGCUGCACGCACCCUCUGGACUUGAUCAAGGUGCACCUGCAGACGCAGCAGGAGGUGAGGAUGAGGAUGGUUGGCAUGGCGAUGCACGUGGUGAAGAGCGACGGUGUGCUGGCGCUCUACAACGGCCUCAGCGCGUCCCUCUGCAGACAGAUGUCGUAUUCCCUCACGCGGUUCGCCAUCUACGAGACGGUGCGAGACAUGAUGGGCAGCGGCAGUCAGGGACCCAUGCCCUUCUAUCAGAAAGUCCUGCUGGGCGCGUUUGGAGGAUUCACCGGCGGCUUCAUCGGGACUCCAGCAGACAUGGUUAACGUUCGGAUGCAGAACGAUGUGAAGCUUCCUGCAGAGCAGAGGAGAAACUAUAAACACGCGCUGGACGGCCUCUUCAGGGUCUGGCGGGAAGAGGGAACCAGGAGGCUGUUCUCAGGAGCCACUAUGGCGUCCAGUAGAGGAGCUCUCGUCACCGUCGGACAGCUGGCAUGUUAUGACCAGGCCAAGCAGCUGGUGUUGGGCACAGGACUCAUGGGAGACAACAUACUCACACACUUCCUGUCCAGCUUCAUCGCUGGAGGUUGUGCGACGUUCCUCUGUCAGCCGCUGGACGUCAUAAAGACGAGAUUAAUGAACUCUAAAGGAGAAUACAGAGGUGUGGCGCACUGCCUUUCUGAAACCGCCAAACUGGGACCACUCGCCUUCUAUAAGGGUUUAGUUCCGGCCGGGAUCCGCUUGAUUCCUCACACCGUCCUGACAUUCGUCUUUCUGGAGCAGCUGAAGAAGCACUUCGGCAUCCUUGUGAUCAGCUGAACUUUGACCUCUUGACCUCUCCCCUUUGGCCUCCUCUUGAAGCUGCGCUCACUGCUGUAUUAUUUCUGGACAAUCUCUCUCUUUCUCACACUACACAGUCAUAAUCAACGU